GGCUGGGAGCUGCAGUUCCUCGUGAGGAGAUCAACUCCUUUUAUAGGUAAUGGACUUGUCUUCCGGGUUCAGAGACGCUCAACAUGCAGAGGGGGCGGGUCCGCCCCGGAGGCGAACCCGCCCCCCGGAGGGAGACACCUGGACCACCGCGCACCGGAGCCGCGACGCCUCAUCGAUCUACAGGUAUCGAUCAGCGACCAGUGAAGGUGAGGAGCGCAGAGCAUGGGGAACCUGAUCAAGGUUCUGACCAGAGACAUCGAGAACAAUGGAGGGAACUUCUUCCUGGACUUUGAGAACGCCCAGCCCUCCCAGUCGGAGACGGCCUUGUGGGAGGAGGUGAACGUGACGCUGACGGAGGCUCUGGUGGUGCUGGAGGAGCUGCAGGAGUACAGAGGAGCAGGAGAGGAGAUACGACAGGCCAUCCGGUCUCCUGGUCUGGAGGGGGUCCAGCAGCAGGUCUGGGUCUUGGUGGUCCCCCUCGUUGCUAAACUCAGAACCUUCUACGAGUUCUCUCAGAAACUGGAGUCCAGCCUGCGGCGCCUCCUGGUGGUCCUGACCGCGGGGUCGAGUCCCACCCAGCAGCUGGAGCAGAAGCCGGCUCUGACCCGUCAGCUCGCCCACAUCCUGCACUUCACGCUGCGCUUCGACGAGCUCAAGAUGACCAACCCUGCCAUCCAGAACGACUUCAGUUAUUACCGGCGGACCAUCAGCCGGAUGAGGAUCAACAACCUUUCAGCCAACACAGGAAGUGAGGUGGACAGUGAGCUGGCCAACCGGAUGUCUCUGUUCUACGCCAGCGCCACGCCGAUGCUGAAGACGCUGAGCGACGCCACGGCCAGCUUCGUCUCCCAGAACCCGGACGUUCCUCUGGAGAACACGACCGGCUGCCUGAGCACGAUGGCUAGCGUGUGUAAAGAGAUGCUGGAAACACCGGAGUACCGGAGUCGCUUCAGCAGUGAGGAGACGGUGUUGUUGUGUCUGCGUGUGAUGGUCGGGGUCAUCAUCCUCUACGACCACGUGCACCCAGCUGGAGCCUUUGUGAAGACCUGCAGUAUAGACAUGAAAGGGUGCAUCCGGGUGCUGAAGGAGCAGCCGCCCAGCAGUGUGGAGGGACUACUAAACGCUCUCAGGUACACCACCAAACACCUGAACGACGAGGCGACGCCCAAGCAGAUCAAAAACAUGCUGCAGCAGAACUAGAGCGCCGGAGGAGGAGCUGAUGUGUCUAGCUUCUGUUGUUGUUUACUCUCAUUUGAAAAAGAAACAGCAGUUUUUCUUGUUGUAAAAAGAAUAAUUUCCAUUGUUUGAUUCCAGAAAAGAUGUAAAGUUGUUGAGCUGG